UGGAAAGGCACAGAGUGCCACACUGGUCCCGAGGCAGCCACUUAGCCCACCGCUGUCUGUCACAGGAACCAUGGAGAGAGCCAGUCAGAUUCAGAAGGCCAAGCUGGCAGAGCAGGCCGAGCGCUAUGAGGACAUGGCAGCCUUCAUGAAGAGCGCUGUGGAGAAGGGUGAGGAGCUCUCUUGCGAAGAGAGAAACCUGCUCUCGGUGGCCUACAAGAAUGUGGUGGGUGGCCAGAGGGCGGCCUGGAGGGUCCUGUCCAGCAUCGAGCAGAAGGGCAACGAGGAGGGCUCAGAAGAGAAGGGCCCUGAGGUGCAAGAGUACCGGGAGAAGGUGGAGACCGAGCUCCAGGGUGUGUGCGACACUGUGCUGGGUCUGCUGGACACCCACCUCAUCAAGGAGGCAGGGGAUGCCGAAAGCCGGGUCUUCUACCUGAAAAUGAAGGGCGAUUACUACCGAUACCUGGCUGAAGUGGCCACUGGGGACGACAAAAAGCGUAUCAUUGACUCCGCCCGCUCGGCUUACCAGGAGGCCAUGGACAUCAGCAAGAAGGAGAUGCCGCCCACCAACCCCAUCCGCCUGGGCCUGGCGCUGAACUUUUCCGUCUUCCACUACGAGAUUGCCAACAGCCCCGAGGAGGCCAUCUCACUGGCCAAGACCACCUUCGAUGAGGCCAUGGCUGACCUGCACACCCUCAGCGAGGACUCCUACAAAGACAGCACUCUCAUCAUGCAGCUGCUGCGAGACAACCUGACGCUGUGGACAGCCGACAACACUGGGGAAGAGGCGGGUGAGGCUCCGGAGGAGCCCCAGAGCUGAGCAGAGCCUAUUCCCCUCCCCACCCUGCCCUCUCCAGUCCCCAAGCCCAGCAGAGAGGACUCUACAGGUGGCAGGCCCUUCUGCCUCAGCUCAGAAAGGCUCUGUGAAGUGAGACCAACAGCUGAGGGCACCUGGAGCCAGAGGAGCCCACUCUUCAGGUCAUCCCACCCAGCCCAGCUCUCUGCACGCCCUCCCGCCAAACCCCCUGCCCCCUCCCAGCCGGCUACUCCUUCCCUCCCCCUCUUGACUCCUUCUGCCUCUGGAUCUUAGGAAUUGAGGAGUGUCCCAUCCUUGUGGCUGAGAAUUAGACUGUGUGUGUGUGUGUGUGUGUGUGUGUGUGUGUGUGUGUGUGUGUGUGUGUGUGUGUGAGAGAGAGAGAGAGAGAGAGAGAGAGAGGACCUGAACUGAGACGGAAAGCAUGUCUGCUGGGUGUGACCAUGUUUCCUCUCAAUAAAGUUCCCUUGUGACACUC